UCGAUUGAGUUUGCUCGCAUCAGUCGCCGGUGACUAUCCGCUUCCGACGGUUGCAUCUGCUGCGUGUUCUUUCUUGGCUACAGUGAUCACUCGCUAUUGCUCGCGUCCGGUUCGGAGUGAUCUUUAUCAGAUCUUCGCCAGUGGUGGUCCAGUGUCCAGUUGUGACUCUGACCCAUUCAUAUUUCCAUACCGCUCAUUGUCUCUGAUCAUCCUUAUCAAUUUGUGACCAUUUGAAGUUCUAUUUGUGGAUGCUUUGUGAUUAAGAAACCUGCGGAGUGAUCGUGAAGUGUAAUGUUCUAAAGAAAUUGAAAAAUCCCCGUAAGGAGAAGCAAAAAGAAGCAGAACAUCCUCCAGUUCACAAUGAUCAUUUCAACAAGGCUGGCGUUCCUGGCGCUGGUCGUGGCGAUCGUUUGCCUCGUAGAUAGUGGUUUGGCAAGUCCGCGAAGGCAGCAACGGUGGCGCAAUGGAAACGGGUUCUACCGAAGGGAUCAACGAGGGAAUUAUCAGGAAUAUUCUGACGCGUUUGGAGCGGCGGGAAAAUGUGGCUACGAGUCAUGUCCGGAGAUCAAGCAGGGCAUGCUGAACGUCCAUCUGGUGCCACACACCCACGACGAUGUCGGCUGGUUGAAGACCGUCGAUCAGUACUAUUACGGAAGUCGCACCUUGAUCCAGAAGGCGGGUGUCCAAUACAUUCUGGAUUCGAUUAUUGAAUCGUUGCUCAAGGAUCCUUCGAGGAGGUUCAUCUAUGUGGAGUCGGCGUUCUUCUUCAAGUGGUGGAAGGAACAGACCCCGGAGUUGCAGGAGAAGGUUCGGGAGCUGGUGAACCAAGGACGGUUGGAGUUCAUUGGAGGGGCUUGGAGUAUGAAUGAUGAAGCAACGACGCACUACCAGAGCAUCAUCGAUCAGUUCACGUGGGGGUUGAGGCUGUUGAACGAUACUUUUGGGGAGUGUGGUAGACCUAAAAUAGGGUGGCAGAUUGAUCCGUUCGGGCAUUCGCGGGAGCAGGCUUCGAUUUUCGCCCAGAUGGGAUUCGAUGGGUACUUCUUCGGAAGGUUGGAUUAUGAAGAUAAGAGGCAGCGGUUAUCUAUGAAGGACCCGGAAAUGAUCUGGAAGUCGAGUGCAAAUUUGGAGGACUCGGACAUGUUCACGGGCAUUUUAUACAACGUUUAUCAACCUCCGCCAGGUUUUUGUUUCGAUAUACUUUGCUCGGAUGAACCAUUUAUCGAUGGUCCAUAUAGCGCGGAGAAUAACGUAGACUCUAAGGUGCAAAAGUUCUUGUACUAUGUAGAACUUCAGGCCAAGCACUACAGGACCAACAACAUUGUGUUGACAAUGGGUGGGGACUUUACCUACAUGGACGCUAACGUAUACUUCAAGAACUUGGACAAAUUGAUCAGAUAUACCAACGCCAGACAGAGCAACGGCUCGAAUGUGAACGUCUUCUACUCGACACCUUCAUGCUACCUGAAAGCUCUGCACGACGCCGACAUAACUUGGCCAACCAAGAGCGAUGACUUCUUCCCGUACGCCUCGGAUCCACAUGCCUUCUGGACCGGUUACUUCACCUCAAGACCCACGAUCAAGCGAUUUGAACGAGUUGGCAACCAUUUCCUGCAGGUCUGCAAACAGCUGACCGCUUUGGCUCCCAGCAAAGAAGGUCACUUCACUCCACAUUUGAAUCUCCUGCGGGAAGCUAUGGGUGUUAUGCAGCAUCAUGAUGCCGUUACGGGUACCGAAAAGCAGCACGUGGCGAACGACUACUCCCGAAUGCUGCACCAGGCCAUCGAAGCCUGUGGAGCAAACGCUCAAGUCGUUCUGAACCAAAUUGCUGAUCCCGCUCAAAAGAAGGGAUUGUCCCAAAAGUUCCCCCAUGGUUUCCAACGGGCUUUCACCUUCGAAUUCGAAACCUGCCAUCUGUUGAACAUCAGCAAAUGUGAAAUGACGGAGUCCAAGGACAACUUCAUGGUCACUCUGUACAAUCCGCUGGCCCACUCCGGAUAUCAGUACGUCAGACUGCCCGUUUCCGGCAAAAAGUACAUCGUCAAGGACUACCGUGGAGUUGAAACGCCUUCGCAGAUGGUUCCGGUUGCCGAAUCUGUCGAAGACCUCAACUAUCGCUUCAGCAACGCGAGCUACGAACUGGUUUUCCUCGCCAACGAACUGCCUCCUCUCGGCUACAAAUCCUACUACGUAUCGCGUAUCAUCGAAACCGUUGACGACUUCAUCCAGAACCCCUCGAGCCCAACGGUACAAAUCCAAUCGGAUCAACCUCAUAAACAGUGGCACUCCGAAGAGGUAUCAAUCGGAAACAAGUACCUCAACGUCAGCUUCGAUACCAACGGCUUCCUCAGUACGAUCACCCUGAACGGAGUGGCGCAUCGAUUGCGGCAGACUUUCGUCUACUACGAAGCGGCAAUGGGAAACAACGUUGCCUUCAGAAAUCGCUCUUCCGGAGCGUACAUCUUCCGUCCGAAUGGAACAGACAGCCCAAUAGCUGACAGUGUUCAGCUGAAGGUCUUCCGCGGCAACGUGGUUCAGGAGGUUCACCAGGUGUUCAACGAGUGGGUUAGCCAGGUGGUUCGUGUCUACGCCGAUGAGAAUCAUGUGGAGUUUGAAUGGAUGGUUGGACCGAUUCCGAUAGAGGAUCAUGUCGGCAAGGAGAUCGUCUCCCGAUUCUACACUGCUGCUCAGUCUAACGGAGUGUUCUGGACGGACUCCAAUGGUCGUGAGAUGAUCAAGCGGAAGAGAAACCACCGCGAUACUUGGGACGUAAACCUAGAAGAACCUGUUGCUGGAAACUACUAUCCGGUCACGGCGAAGAUUGCCUUGGAAGACGAGAACAUACGGUUGGCCGUGUUGAACGAUCGGGCACAGGGUGGAUCCAGCUUGGAGGAUGGAGCAUUGGAAUUGAUGAUUCACAGACGGCUGCUGCAUGACGACGCAUUCGGAGUGGAAGAAGCUCUGGACGAACGUGCUUUCGGCAGGGGAUUGAUUGCUCGUGGCAAGCACUACGUGGUGUUUGGAUCGAAGAAGACCAGCAGCCCCACACUGCAGGCUAAGGAACGCUUCCUGCAGAACCACGUUCUACUACCGAACUGGGUGUUCUUGAGCGACGUUUCAAAGUUCAAGUACGAAGAUUGGCAGAAACGCUUCAAUAAUAUCUACUCGGCCCUAUCCCUGUCUCUCCCACUCAACGUGAACCUGAUGACGUUCGAGCCGUGGAAGGACAACAGCCUUCUGGUUCGUUUCGAGCAUCUGCUCGAAAAGGACGAGGACCCCAUGUACUCCAAACCGGUGAGGUUCAACCUGCAGGACAUCUUCCGCUCAUUUAGCAUCGAAGAAAUCCGAGAAACCACCCUCGCUGGUAACCAAUGGAAAGAGGACAACACUCGCUUCCAGUUCAAGGCGGAUCCGAAUUAUCUGAAGCAAAUUACGCGGGCGGAGAUCGUUAAUCCGUUCAACGGGACUGAGCGGGUGGUGAAGACGGAUGACCAAUCGGCAUCGGAGAAUUUGAAGAACGUCAGCAACGAAGGAUUUGAGAUUGUACUGGGUCCGAUGCAGAUCCGGACCUUUGUGAUGCAGCUGGAGUUUAGGCCAUAACGAUGCGAUCUUGCAGUUUGAUAAAUUUAGGUUUUAAUGAAUGACUGAUCCGAUCAAAAUAGAGUAGUGAGAAAUACAAAA